AAAGAAAAAACGUAGAACAAAGGCGAUAAUGACGACGCGAUUUCUCUCUCUCCCUCCUUCGCUUUUCGCGCUGCAGUGAACCAGUGGAUCCCGUCGCGGUUUCUCUCCCCAACCGCCGCCGCCGCCGCCGCCGCAGAUCGGCGCCUCCGAGCCCUAGAUUCUCGCCGCCGACCGCCCCCUCUCCUUCCUCCUGCAUCUCCGAUCUGCGGGCUCCUCGGGGUUUUUUUUGGUGGGGGCGAAGGAAGUGGGAGAUGGCGGAUGCCGGGCCGACGGUGGAAAUGGACGGCGGCGACGGCGGGAGCGAGCGGCCGGCGCCGCACUCGCGGGAGAGGCGGAAGCGCAAGCGGGGGCUCUUCCGGCUCCCUGCUCAAGGACCUCAGCGCCCAGGAGCGGCGCGACCGGAUCGCCUCCCUCGGCGCCGAAAUCCAGGGCCUCUUCGCUUACUACCGCGAGGUGACGGAUCGGCGGGGGCUCGACCUGGACUCCGGGUCGGCGGAGUGCGGGUCCGCCAACGGGGCGAUCGCGUGCUGCCUGGAGGAGAGCGCCUCGCCGCUCUCCAAGCUGGUGGAGGAGGUGCAUGGCAAGCUGAAGGAGGGCAAUGCAGGAGGCGGCCUCACGGUGGCGUCGGUGAAGAGUGGAGUGUUGUUCGUCGGGCAGAGAGUGAUGUAUGGCGUCCCCAACCCCGACGCCGACGUUCUGGAAGACGAUACUCCUUCCUCUCUCUGGUGUUGGGAGACUAGAGAGCUGAAGUUGUUGCCCAAGUCCGUGCAUGGUCUUAUCAAGAUUCGCCGCACGUGUCGGAGAAAGAUUCACGAGAGAUUGUGUGCUGUUUCUGCAAUGGUAAAUGCAUUACAGAAGUCAGAACAUGAUCCAGAUAGCGAGCUUGAUUGGUUGAAAGCCUCAGAAAAGCUUCGUAAAGUGCUAAAUGAGACAGAUAUACGCUUGUUAGUGGAUAGCAUGCUGCAGAAGACUCGUGCUGACAUGUCUGAGAAGGAGGCAAAACUAGAUCAUAAAGCGUAUAUAAAGCAAUUGGAGAGGAAUAAACGAGAAGUUGAGAGAGAGAAAAAGAGAAUGGACCGUGAACUUCAGAAGGAAAAGUUGAAAGCUGAAAAGGAAUUGAAGCGCUUACAAGAGGAGGCAGAGAAGGAAGAGAAGCGUUCUGAGAAAGAAGAGCUUGAGUUGAAGAAACAGCUUAAAAAGCAGGAAGAAGCUAAGAAAGAUCAGCGUCGGAGAGAGAAAGAGGAAGCUGAAUUGAAGAAGCAACUUGCUCUACAGAAGCAAGCUUCAGUGAUGGAGCGGUUCCUUAAAAGAAGCAAGACUACUUCACCUAUUCUGGAUGACAAAUCCUCACCUGUUUUGCCUUUGUCCAGUAAGGCAAGAGAAUGCAUCCAUGAAUCAAUUGCCUGCUUGAUGGAUUCUGCUCUUUCCUCAAAUCAAGAAAUUACCGUUGGCCAAAUCUGGAAGUCUCAUUUAUCAUCUUGGCAUUGUCUGGGUCAGUUUAUCCGCUCAAAUCAAGAACAGCAUUGGGGCAGACGCAGGAAGCCCAAAACCGAAGUCUUCAAGGAACUUAAGCUCACUACCCCUAACUCCGUGAAAGGGGCAGUGCAGGAUGAUGACUUGAACCUUGAAAAGCUAGUGAGUGGAUGGAAUGAGAGGAUUUCUGAUGACGCAUCAAUAUGUAAAGCUGGAGAUAAGCCUCAUCUGGGUAUGAGGAAAUGUGUCAGAAGGAAGCAAUUACUACAAUUUGAUAAGAGUCAUAGGCCUGCAUUUUAUGGUAUAUGGCCUGUGAAAAGUGAAACUGUUGGGCCACGCCACCCAUUUAGGAAGGAUCCAGAGCUUGAUUAUGAUGUUGAUAGUGAUGAGGAAUGGGAAGAGGAGGAUCCUGGAGAAAGCCUAUCUGAUUGUGAUAAAGAUGAUGAAGAAAGCUUAGAUGAGGGUUGUUCCAAAGCUGAUGAAGAUGAAAGUGAGGAUGAGUUUUUCGUACCCGAUGGUUAUCUCUCGGAAAAUGAGGGUGUACAAGUUGACAAGAUGGAAACUGACAUUUCAGUCGAGGGCAUGACUUCAUUUUCUGAGCAAGACUCAGAGCAUGUGGCCUUCUCUGCGCUUCUUCAACAGCAGAAGCAUCUGCAUAAUGUGACAGAGCAUGCACUUCGGAAAAAUCAGCCUUUUAUAAUUAAUAAUCUAUCCCAUGAGAAGUCCACUAAAAAAAUGGCUGGAGAAGUAAGUGCUGCUCAAAAGCUGGAACAGACAUGCUUGGAGGCGUUAAGCAUGCUUGGCUUUCCGGGGGCCAAACUUCCAGAAUGUCUAACUGACAACAGCUUGAAUGAAGAUGAGGAUUGCCCAGCUAACAGCAAGAGCUGCUCAACACCAGCAAUGCCUGCAGAUGUACCCGAUUCUGAGUUGCCCACCAUUGUAUCCACGAUUCAAUCAUGUCCACAAGGUAUUAACAAGGUGGUCGACUCUUUGCAACAGAAGCUUCCUGCUGUAUCUAAAACACUGUUGAGGAAUAAAGUUCGUGAGAUAUCAGAUUUUGUGGACAACCGCUGGCAGGUCAAGAAAGAAAUCUUGGACAAACUUGGUUUGUCUGUUUCGCCAGAGAGGAGCAACGGAAGGGCCAAAAGUAUAGCUGCUUUUUUCUCGAAGAGGUGCUUGCCGCCUUCUGGUGGGAGUGUGAAUGCAGAUGAGAUUUUGUAGUCAUCCUGAAGUUCUUCUACUGUCUGUGUGAAGCAGAUUUUGCACAUUAAUCGAAUCAUCUCACUAGGAUGUCCCAUUUUUGAGCUGUGUUGUUGAAAUGGUCAGAAGUCAAGACUGGCCAAAUCGUCUCUCGCUAGGAUGUCCACUUUUGAGCUGUUUUGUUGAAAUGGUCAGAAGUCAAAGAUUGGCCAUGCCAGAUCAUCAUGUGUGUUACAAUUUUGAGCUAUGUGAAUACUGGUCAGUAGGCUGGCCAAGUCCCUAAUGUAUUCCUCGACUUAUAUGAAGCAGGUUGCACAUAAAUCAAAUCAACUCUUGCUAAGAUUUUCCAUAAA